AUGAAGAUCAACCCCUCUCCAAUCCUUCUCUUCCUCCUUCCCGCCAUAACGGCCGCACUCACCGAUGGAACAUACAAUGACAACAUAGACUCUCGAGUCUCACGGGAGACUGUUGGCACCAACUCUCGUCUCGUGGACUCGGAAACAGUCGCAUCAAAUGUUGCCAAAGGGGCGCCGGACGUCCCGGUGGACGGCAAGGACGGCAGACCGCACGCGGGUCCGUGGGUGGAAACCAGCGCAGACCGUGAUCGCAAGGGCACAAAGGGCAGUGAUGGAAGUGACUCAACAAAAUACGAUCCGAAGAUUCCUUCGUCGCAACAUCUCAGCACCGAAGAUGGGAAGGUGAUCCCACACUCCAAUGGCGGCGUUAUGGACGACCCGUACCGGGCGGGCCCCAAAGAGGGUACACGAGGAACCGAAGGAGGCGUAUCAGGAAAAGGAAAGGAGAGCCAAUUCACAUCCGAAAAAGUGCCCGGAGGGCCGAAAGAGGCGCCUCCGUUGCCCAAUAGCGAGGCUAAGAAGCUGGCUGAGAGCGAUGACAUAGCAAUUGGGAGUGAGAGUCGCACUGCUGGAAGCUCGGGCUCCCUUGGAAAGGUGGAGAAACCCGCCGACCUGCCUGAAAAGCCCCACGAUAUCCCCCACCCCAAGCCUCCAACAAUGGUCACAAAUGAUCCCCUCGGUCUCGAGCACGGCUCGAAGGGCUCGGGCUCGGGCUCAUCCUCGAGCUCCUCGUCGAGCUCCUCGAGCUCUUCUUCGCUUGGCCACCACGACCAUGAUCUUGUUGAGCCUGCGCCCGAUGCGCUCCACUCCCUCAUUUUCUCAUUCACCAUGAUUCUGGUCUCCGAGAUUGGCGACAAGACAUUCCUCGUGGCUGCAUUGAUGGCCAUGAGACACCCUCGAAUGGUGGUAUUCAGUGCCGCAUUCAGCGCUUUGAUCGGAAUGACUGUGCUCUCAGCAGUUCUGGGACACGCUGUUCCUACUCUCAUCCCCAAAAGCUUCACCAAAUUUAUGGCCGCCAUCCUGUUCCUGGUCUUUGGCGCAAAGAUGCUCAAGGAAGGUCGUGAGAUGUCACCCGACGAGGGUGUCGGCGAAGAGAUGCGGGAGGUAGAGGCAGAAUUGGAAGAGAAGGAGCACGAGCAGUUGCGCCUGGGUCGCCGUCGCUCAUCGGUUACUCCCCACAACCUGGAAGCAGGUCGUGCUGGAGGUCGCCCCAAGACCCGCGGCUCCGGAAACCGCCUUCCCUCUCCCCCCGAGAGCAUCUCCUCUUCUUCCUCUCGUGGUUCUUCCCCUCAGCCCCGCCAACGGUUGACCAAUGCCUUCUCCGGACUGGGCAACCUAUUCUCUCUCCUCCUUAGUCCCGCCUGGGUACAGACCUUUGUCAUGACCUUCCUCGGUGAAUGGGGUGACCGUAGUCAGAUUGCCACCAUCGCCAUGGCCGCCGGUCAGGACUAUUGGUGGGUAACAAUCGGUGCGAGUGCUGGUCACGGAAUCUGUACCGCAGCAGCUGUGAUUGGUGGACGGGCCAUCGCUGGUCGGGUCAGCAUGCGUGUUGUUACCCUUGGCGGUGCCGUUGCAUUCCUUGUGUUUGGAGUCAUCUACUUCAUUGAAGCCAUCUUUUGA